AUGACAUGUUCAUCCUUUUUCAAGCUGACCAAAGAGAUCUCUGGGAACCCCGUAUUCUACAAUGAUUCCAACCACCCUCAGAGCCCAGUCCAUGAACAACUGAUGGUCACCCUCAAAAGACUAGGAUGUGACAGGAGCGGUGUAUCAGUCAGGGCGCUGGCAACUUUCUUCCGCAUUGGGGAAGGGACAGUUGAACUCUAUACUGACCAAUGUAUGAUGGCUAUCCUGACUUUGAGGCCCCAGCUACUCGAGUGGCCGACUGCUGAAGCUCGAGAUGAAAUACAAAGCUGGUUUGGCAAUGUGGGGUUCAAAAAUUGUGUUGGCCUGGUCGACAGGACUCUAGCGGUCCUAUCCACGUGUCCUCAACUUGACGGUCCUGACUACUAA